AAAGAAAGAAAAAAAAAAAAAAACAAUACUCUUGUUGCCAUUUGCGACCUUCACAGAGAAGCUCCCUGAGGUGAGAGAUGAGAGAAGAAAACGUCUAAGUUUUGACUGAGCUUAGUCGGCAAAAGCCGUCGUAAAUAAUGUGUGAAUUGUAUUAGUUAGUGACUUGCAUGAAGGCUUGGUGUUGUUGGUGGUGAUUAGUAGAUUGGUGUUGAAAAUGGGUUGUGUAUAUUCCAAGAAAUCAGCUGUUGUUGGCAGCAAGGAAGGUUUAACAGCAUCUAGCAAACGAAAUGUUGGAAGGAAUGUUGGCAUGAAUGUUUCAAGAUUGGAUAUAAAGAAAAGGACGGAUGAAGUUUUGAAGAAAGAUGAGUUAUUGGACGGUGUUUGUGCGGGAGUUUCGUUGAAUGAUGACAAGGAAGCUGAUGGUUCGGCGCGGUUGUAUGAUGAUAAGAAUGAGAAGAAGAAGAUGAUGGAGAAAACUGAAUUGGAUUUGGCAGUUGUUGUUGAUUAUCCGAGUUUUGGAGGAAGGGUUCCAAAGGCUUUGGAAGGAGAGCAAGUUGCGGCGGGAUGGCCAACUUGGCUUUCUUCUGUAGCUGGGGAAGCUAUCCAUGGAUGGACACCGCGGAGUGCGAGUACUUUCGAGAAGUAUGAUAAAAUUGGCCAGGGAACUUACAGCACUGUUUUUAAGGCGCGUGAUUUGAUUAGCCAAAAGACCGUUGCUUUGAAGCGGGUACGGUUUGAUAAUCUUGAUCACGAGAGUGUCAAAUUCAUGGCAAGGGAAAUUGUUUUUCUGCGUAGGCUUGACCAUCCAAAUAUAAUAAAAUUGGAGGGCUUGAUAACGUCACAGACGUCUCGUAGCAUGUAUCUUGUUUUUGAAUACAUGGAACAUGAUCUUACGGGACUCGCUACCGCACCUGGCAUUAAGUUUUCAGAACCACAGGUUAAAUGCUACAUGAAGCAGCUUCUUAGAGGAUUGGACCAUUGCCAUAGUCGUGGUGUCCUCCAUCGUGAUAUAAAGGGCUCAAAUCUUCUCAUUGACAAUAAAGGCAUUUUAAAGAUAGCAGAUUUUGGUUUGGCAAAUUUUUUUGACCCCGAUCAUAGUGCCCCAUUGACCAGCCGCGUAGUAACUCUGUGGUAUAGACCACCAGAGCUUUUACUCGGAUCAUCAAAUUAUGGAGUUGAAGUGGAUAUGUGGAGCACUGGUUGCAUACUUGGUGAACUAUACAAUGGCAGACCUAUAUUGCCUGGAAAAACCGAGGUUGAGCAAUUGCAUAGAAUUUUCAAACUUUGUGGAUCACCAUCUGUGGACUACUGGCAUAAACUGCGGCUGCCACAUUCUACAGUAUUCAGGCCUCCACAUCAUUAUAGGAACUGUGUAGCAGAUACAUUUAAAGAAUUUCCAUCUGCUGCUACGAGGCUUAUAGAGACCCUUCUCUCUUUAGAUCCUUUACUUCGAGGAACUGCAGCUACAGCUCUGAGUAACGAGUUCUUUUCAUUGGAACCUGUUGCUUGCGAUCCAUCAGAAUUGCCAAAAUAUCCUCCCAGCAAAGAGAUUCACACUAAAAUGCGGGAAGAAUCAACAAGAAGGCACAAAGCUCUUGGGGAAAAGGAGCAAAAAGUUGGGCCACGAGUUAAACAAGAGAAAGAAACUCAGUCAUUUGUCCUAUCCAAAGCCAAUGCUGAUGCUCGCAUUUCAACGAAGCAUGAGCAGCGCUUUCCAAACAUGGCAGGCCAGGAUGGGCUGUUCAGCCGUCACAGAGAGUCUGUAUCAGGAUUACUGGUUUCCCCUCAGAAACAGUCAGAAGAUAUUAACGAAACAGUUAAUUAUUUCUCUGGGCCUCUUUAUCAGAAGCCUUCAGAUUCAGGUUUACUCGUUCCAGGUCUGGGCCGGCACAAUAUUGGAAAGGAAGCUGGUGAGCAACCACUUCCUCUUUCAAAUAAAGUCAACCUAUCAAAAUAUUCAAAACCAUCUCCGACUUUGUUUUCUGGAAAUCGAAAAGGAAUUCCAGCUCCCUUGAGACCAAGAGAUACAAUUCAAGCACCGAAAUCUUUAGGGUUGAGUAAUGGGUCACCAGAGUCAAAAAGACUGAAUGAUAAAAAAUGCCAUUCUCAGAAAACCAAUCUCAGCAAAACAGAAAAUCGAAAGGACUGGCAGGCAUCCAGCAAAAACAAUCUCUAUAUGAUUGGUUCAUUGAAGUUUCCAUCAAACAAUAUGCGUCAGGUGAUCAAAGAGCGCGAUCGGAAGACCCAAGAAUACUCAAGAUGAAGCAGAACUAAAUAAGUCUAAAGGGGAUAUGUGCACAGAAAAAUUAGGAUGAUUAGCAGUCAAUUACAUAGUUUUUUUGGGUGAAAAUAUAUGCUUAGUUCUUACUUUAUACAACAAGAGACAUUUUUUAUGACUAUUAUUUAUCUCUCAACAUUACUGAGGGAUGGGGGAAUGCAUUCAUUCAAGCUUCUUUUGUAAGUAAUAGGCUUUUUGGUAAAGACCAUUGAUUCUUGGGAACCGACACAAUAAACCAACACACCGAAGAGAGAGAGAAGAGAUCACCUUAAAGAAAGUAGGGUGUUUUACUGAAAGUUGUUGUAAUAGGAGAGAAGGAGAGACAUUUAGAAAACAUGUAUGUCUGAAUAGCAUUCCAUAAGCUCUAUUUUAUAUGGCUAAUUUACAUUUGGAAUAUACUAUGGAAUAUUGAAGGAA